AUGGCGAUCACUCCUUUUUCUUCAGUAACAGCCAACUCCGUUAUUUUAAGAUACCGCCAUUUCUCUACUCUUGUUCAGAUUUUCUCCGAACAAACCACCAAGACCAAAAAUGGCAAACACCUUGAUAAUCCCAAGCCGAAAUCAUCUUCUUCUAAAUCCAAGAAAGCUAGAAAUAUUGCCAGUAUCAUCAACACAAACCCAUGGUCAUCUCAUCUUGAAUCUUCUCUUUCCUCACUCACUCAACCCUCCCUCUCUCACACCACUGUCCUUCACACACUCCGCUUCAUCAAGAUACCUUCCAAAGCUCUUUACUUCUUCAACUGGACUCAAAAAUUGGGUUUUCAACACACCCAUCAAUCGUAUUUACUCAUGUUGCAACUUCUCGGCAGUUCCCGCAGCUUAAAUUCAGCAAGGAACUUUCUUUUAUCUAUACCCAGAAGGUCUAAUGGUACUGUACCGCUUCAAGAUAGGUACUUUAACACUUUGAUUCAAAGUUAUGGUAAAGCUGGGCUUUUUCAAGAAUCAUUGAAGGUGUUUAAAGUGAUGAAGUCACUUGGAAUUUCACCCUCUGUGGUUACGUUUAAUAGUUUGUUUUCAAUUUUGCUUAAGAGGGGUCGAACCGGUAUGGUCUACGAACUGUUUGAUGAAAUGCUUAAGACAUUUGGUGCCAAGCCUGAUGUGUAUACUUUUAACAUUUUGAUUAGAGGAUUUUGUAUGAACUCCAUGGUUGAUAAAGGAUUUAGGUUUUUUAAGGAGAUGGAAAGGCAUGAAUGUGAACCGGAUGUGAUUACAUACAAUACCAUUAUUGACGGUUUGUGUAGGGCAGGGAAAGUGGAGAUUGCACAUAACGUGUUAAAGGGUAUGGUCAAGAGGGGUCAUCAAUUGAGUCCUAAUGUUGUAAGCUACACCACUUUGGUUAGAGGGUAUUGUGAGAAGCAAGAGGUUGAACGGGCUCUUGAUGUUUUUGAGGAAAUGAUAGAUUGUGGUCUAAAACCGACCAGUAUUACUUAUAAUACUCUUGUACAAGGUCUUUGCGAGGCUAAAAGAUUUGACAAAAUAAAGGAGAUCUUGGAGGGGACUCUAGGAAGUGGAGGACUUAUUCCAGAUACAUGUACUUUCAAUACAUUGAUUACCUAUCACUGUAAUGUGGGAAAUCUGGAUGAAGCAGUGAAAGUUUUUGAGAAUAUGUUAGACUUAAAGGUGAAACCUGAUUCAGCAACAAAUAGCAUCUUAUUACGGAGCUUUUGUCAAAAGGGAUACUUUGAUAGGGCAGAGAAAUUAUUUGAUGACUUAAUGAAGAAGGAGGUAUUGCUUCGUGAUGAUGGCUGUACACCUCUCAUUGCAGCAUACAAUCCCAUGUUUGAGUAUUUCUGCAAGAUUGGCAAGACAAAGAAGGCUGAGAAAGUAUUCAGGCAACUAAUGAGAAGAGGAACUCAAGAUCCUUUUGCUUAUGAACUCCUGAUCAUGGGGCAUUGUAAAGAAGGCACAUUUAAUGACGCACAUGAACUCUUAGUUUUGAUGUUGAGGAGAGAUUAUGUACCUAAUAUUGUGAUUUAUGAGUCCCUAAUUGAAGGUUUGCUGCAAAAGAAUGACCCUAAAGUUGCUUACGAUACUCUAGAGAAGAUGUUGAAAAGCUCCCAUCUUCCGAGAUCAUCGAUUUUUCAUCAAAUCCUUACAGAACUUAUCAAGAAAAAUUGUGCAAGUGAAUGUGCUUCCUUGGUGACACUAAUGUUAGAUAACAAAGUUAGACAAAACAUCAAUCUUUCAACUGAUACUGUGAGGAUACUCUUCCAAACAGGAUUAAGGGAGAGAGCUUUUGAGAUUGUUCGGUGCCUUUAUGAAAAUGAAUACGUGGUAGAUAUGGAAGGUUUGGUUGCUUUCCUUUGCCAGUGUAGAAAGUUAUUGGAGGCAUGCAAAUUAUUGUUAUUUAGCUUAAGUAAGGGUCAUAUUCUGAAUGUAGAUACAUGCAGUACUCUUUUAUCUGCUCUCUGCAAAGCAAGUAGAGCUUCAAAAGCAUUUGAAAUUUACUAUGAGUUGCUCGAGAAAGGAGUCCAACAACCUUUAGAAUGCGUAGAAGAGUUGGGGAUUGCUCUUGAAACUGAAGGAAGAACUAAGGAAGCUGAAUUUGUUAAAAAGAGAAUCCCAGGCCAAUCGUAGUCAGAUAGAUUGGUUCAAGCUUGUGCGUCUGAAAGGAGA